AUGCCUGAAGUUCCGGAGACUAUGCAGGACAAUAUUGCCCACCUCGAGCAUGAGGUUCGAAACCCUCAUCGGAGCCAAUAUGCUCCUGUACAAUAUGAUCGGUCUCAUUUUCCCGAGAGAACUUCUUCUGCCGCUGUAGUCCAGGGACAGCCCAUCACUGCCGGCUACGAGGACACUGCCCACUACGAGCAAUCCGCCGUUUACGAUACCAUGGAAUCUCCUAAUUUUUCGCCGUUCCCCCUCCUACGCAACCCCCCUCCAAAUGUGCCCCCCACCGAUGAGCAGAGAGAAGCUAGCUUGGAGAGGGCUCGGAUGGCAGUACUCUCCUCCAAUGACCCCGAAAUGCAAUUGGCUUGGGCCCAGGACGCCCUAACUUACGUCGAAGUCGCCGUCCAGAAUGAAGCUCGUCUAUCUUUAAUCCAACCCCCGCGUCCCCAGACCCCGCAAGUGGAGCAUCAGUUGAAGGUUGAUGCGAUGAACAUCGUCAAUUUCUUGGCCGAUCAGCACCAUCCCAAAGCUGAAUUCAUCAAGGGAAUGUGGUUGGAAUUCGGAAAAUUCGGAUAUCGCGUUGAUAAAAAGGAAGCAUUCAGAGCUUAUUCGAGAGCUGCGGAGAAAGGCUAUGCCAGGGCUGAGUAUCGCAUGGGGAUGCAGUUCGAGAGUUCUGGUGAACCCGAAAAAGCCAUCCGGCAUUACGAGAAAGGUGUUGCUCUUGCCGAUUCUGCUUCUUUUUACCGUCUGGGGAUGAUGAUCUUACUGGGCCAGCACGGACAGCGUCAAGAUUAUCAAACGGGCCUUGAUUAUAUCCAGCUAGCUGCGCAAUCUUGCGACGAGAAUGCGCCUCAGGGUGCCUAUGUUUAUGGCAUGCUUCUGGCACGGGAACUGCCCCAAGUGAGCGUUCCAGAGAAUUACCUUCCCCUUGACGUCAAUGCUGCUCGCGUAAAUAUCGAGAAAGCUGCAUACCACGGAUUUGCUAAGGCCCAAGUCAAGAUAGGCGCCGCAUAUGAACUGUGUCAACUAGGUUGCGACUUUAACCCGGCAUUAUCUUUGCAUUACAACGCAUUGGCCUCCCGACAAGGAGAGCCAGAAGCAGAAAUGGCCAUCAGUAAAUGGUUCCUUUGUGGACAUGAGGGUGUCUUCGAGAAGAACGACGAGUUAGCAUUCACAUACGCUCAGCGUGCAGCUCAGAGCGGCUUCCCAACUGCGGAAUUUGCCCUGGGAUACUUCUACGAAGUCGGUAUCUUCGUUCAGGUUGAUAUCAAGGAAGCCAGAAGCUGGUAUGCCAAGGCUGCGGCAAACGGAAACAAAGACGCUACCAGUCGAAUCGACAGUAUCUCACGUUCGAAGACGUUGUCCCGAAGGGAUCAUGAGCAGGUUGCCAUCGCUCGGAUCAAGUCACGCUACGGCUCUCACCAGCGGAAGGAAUCCAUGCAAUCGGCUUCGGAGAAUCUUGAAAUGCCCGAUCCUUCACGGAUGAGUCUUUCAGAUAACCCCCCGCCAAGUGCUCCGUACCCCGACCGGCCACCCUCCAGGGCUCGGCCAGUGUACCCGCCAGGCUACUCGGUGCCUGACCCACGGCCAAGCUCAGCAUUUGGCAUCAACCCUAACAUUCGCAGCAGCGCUCCUAACUAUAACCGUGCGGCAUCUUAUGGACCUGGGCCAAUGGGGUAUCGCUCUCCUGCCCCUGUCACACCCACCACCAGCGGUCCAGCAAGCCCCACGUCAGCAACACCCAAGCUAGAUAUUGGCUACUCUGCACCGAUUGAUUCUCCAAACUCAAGACGCCCACAACGCCUUGACAGCACACCGCCUGAUAGACGACCCGUGAGGACGCCUGUUUCUGCUCAAGGCGGCCCUGUAGGCUCCCCGAAACCAGUGGCCUCACCGUCUUCUGCAACGUUUCCCCAGCGCAGUGAAUCCAUGCCGCCUCCAAGUGCACCUUUGGCAUCCUCGGGAACACCAAAACCAUCAUCCGUGUCAGCCUCAGUCGGCCAGAAGCCUACAGCACAGCCAGCCAAGUCUCAAGGCGGCCUACCGGGCAAAGGCCCAAAAACAUUUGAGGAGAUGGGAGUUCCGACUGCACAAAAGGACAAUGAUUGCGCCACAGACGUUUCAGUAAAUUUACACAACAAAGUCACCAAAAGUGAGCAAACUCCCAUACCAAGUUUGAGCCUCAGAAGACUUCUUAAUAAAACGCACACCGAAGCAUAUGCAGCAAAGGCCUUGCGAGAGCUACAUCUGAAUCAGAAAAUUGAAGGAAGAGCAUCCGGUAGACAGGCAGUUUAUCAUGCUCUACAGAAGGGGACCGAUGAAAACGCAUUGGAGGGAGUGGUGGUUCUGAGUGAUCACAUUCGCCAGCUGCAGGAGCAGCUCACUGACCUCGGAGGUUGUGCGAAAAGGGCGCGAGCUAAGCUCACGACGCUGCGUGCGACACCCUUGGCCUUUGACCUUCAAGAGAGCAUCAACCAACUUCAAGUAGAAAAAGAUACUACACUCGCAAUCCUGACUCAAGCCCAGGGCACCAGCGCGGGACAGGUGGAUGAGAAAGACAGAGCUGUCACCAAAAGAGCAAGGGAAUGCUGGCAGAAGCGUGUUAAUUUGCGGGGGCAGAUAUGUCGCGAUUUGUGGAAAAGAUGUCUAGAGAUGGUGAAUAAAGAUGUGACUCGAGAAGAGCUCUGGGAAUUCCUAGGGCUGGAAGGGCCUUCUAUCCUCACUUGA